CGAAUUGCACAGUGUCGUACACUCGUAGGUUUACAUAUUACACAAAACUGACGUUCACUGUUAUCCGUUAUCAGAGAUAUUUUAUUUCAGACAUUUCAGUUGUAACACUGCUUACUGCUUGGUUUAAUGGGUACUGGGUAGUUAGUAAACAAAUCUAUUUCUCUCUUUAGAUUUUUCGUUUGGACUACUCAGUGUCAGUACUCAAUUGUCUAUGUCUAUACAAUAUACUUAAAUUUGGCUAUUAGUGAUAUCGAUAUUACUUAUUUUGAAAUUAUAAUGGCUUUAAUUUGUGAUUAUUUUUAAAUGUUUAAUUUAUUUAAAUAUAUUUAAAGUGCUGUGGAUUAAGUUGAUUAAAUUAACGAACGUAACUAUCUACAUUUCGAAUGUACCUACUAUUUUAUUGAAAUAAAGUUUAAAUAUGCUCAUUGAUUGGACAUUCUAGACCAAUGUAUUACACAUCAAUUAAGUAAUAAUUCUGGAUUUCUAACGAUGUCUACAGCUACAAGUGAUAAUUCAGACAUCAUUAGCAAAAUUCAAAAAAUAACUGAAGAGAGUGGAAAUAACAUUUUAGUGCGUAAAAUUGUAUGUACUGAUAAAAUUAUAGACAUUCCUUACAAUAAGAAAAAAUAUUCUGAAGUAUCCAUCUCAUCGUUAAGUAGUUCUUCAGAGUCAAACAUUUCAGAUUCUGAUACCGACAAUAGUUCAGAUUUGAACAGCGACGUAAACGAAAAAUUACAGGAAAAGUGUGACGAACAAGUACAAAAUAUUGAAACAAAUUUUUAUUUCUUAAAAGAAAUGUUGUAUAGUGAAAGAAUAAGAGAAGUUGAAGAGAAGUUAGUUGAAGUGAGAUUAGGUACAGCUAAAGAAUACCGUAUACCUUUACAAGAAUUACAAGAUCAAAUGAAAUCUCGACUCGAAGUAGCAUCUGUAUUAAGACAGUUCAAAUUAACAAAUUUAAAACAUAAAUAUGAAGCAGAAGAACAAGCAAUAAGACAAAAUUUUGAGAAUAAUAAAGAAAUUUUAUACGAUACUAUAAAAGCUGAUUUAGAAGAAAAAAUUCAGCGAUUAGAAGAAGCGCGUAAUGAAGUAGAUAUAGAUGCCUCUCUUUGGUUAGGUCGUAGUUUAACUCGUAGUGGACGUGGACGUGGAAGACGACCCUAUGGGCAUGUACAACCCAAACGCAAACCUGUUAUUGUAUCUGGUCCAUGUAUAGUCUAUAACCUCAGAGAACAUGAAAUACUUGAAGAUUGGACCACAAUUAAAAAAUUGUUAUCAUCGUCAAAACGAAAAGAAAAUGCGAUGCAACGAUAUAAACCAUAUGAAUACAGUAACAAGGUAUUUCAGCGAACCAUCAUAAAUUAUUUGUCUAGUAACUGGGUAUUGUGGAGUUUUGGAUGAUUGGUAUUGAUGUUGUCUCGAGUAGAGGCCUUGACUAAAUGGACUAGAGUUACUGAUUGGAUAUUUUGUUUGUAUUACUCUAUCUAAAAAAUUAU